CCAUCUCACUCAAAGUGAUGGAGUUACGAUUUGUGGUUCGUGGUCACCUUUGUUUUUUUCUCCUCAUCUUUCUGUGCAAGGAAUUUGCAGGGAUGAAAGGAAAUGACCCAGGGAGUCCGCGAAACCUGAGGAGUCCGGGUAGCCUAAGGAGCUCGAGGAGCUCAAGUAGCCUGAGUAGCUCAAGUAGCCUGAGGAGUCCAAGUAGGCGAAGGAGCCUCGGCUUAGUCGGUUCAGUUCUUUCAUUCGACAAAGGUGACGCCAUCAUCACUAGCUGGAUUCCAAACAGUUACGGGGUCCAUAGACCGUUCCAAUGGAUGUACGCCAUCGACAAGAACAACGUGAUGGUCUUCCAACCCACUUCCUGCUUCCGUCUUCGCUGCGUUAUAAGACCAGCCAUCGUCAACUUGCGCGAGGAAUACCCGGAUGUGCUCAUGAUAAACUUAGGGAAACUGCCAGGGCACAUCGGGGCACCAGGAGUUCUCCUGGCUGCGGCGAUGCUGUUGGAUGAGAAGAAACCGAGGUUUCACUAUAGUGCUUUCUACUGCAACAGCAGACACUACGUGGAAUACUUGUCGACCGGAAAAGUCACGGGGACUUUUCCUUCGCUUUUGACGAUGGACAGCUUAUGCCCUCUGACGGCGCCACUCAUACCAGCAAUGGGGGUUAAGUUCUUUUACAUAGGGAAGUUCAGAAUGAAACCUGCGCAAGGUCCGGAGAUCAAGCUGUCCAUGAAAAGGUUACCGGAAUGGGCCACCUUCCUUGACUAUGCGAAGCCAGAGAAGCCGUAUAUUGAUAUAAGGUACGACAUUGAAGAUUCAUUACCUUAAGGAGGAUUCCCGGUGUAAAAUAAUUUGGAAAUCAUUAUUGUACUGACAGAUUUAGCUCGCUGAAUAUAUACCGAAAAAAUCAAUUUUGAUAUAAAAGUUCGACACACCUUUAUUUUGUUCAACGAAAGAGUGCCUAUUUAUAUGGACACCUGCUGCAGUGAAAAAUUUGAAAGCAUUAAUUGAAACUUUAAUUUGAUAACAGAUCUAGGGUGCAGAGCUUUUUAAAAGGGUCCGAAACCAUCAGUGAACGACAGAACACCAAGCAUGAUGCCUCGUUUCUUGUCCAUGGUGGUAGCACCUUCAGUCAAUGGAAGUUUCGAUUUUGAUGUAUCAAUUCCAUCCUUGCUUUUAAAGAGAUUGUAACGAACUGCGAUAUGGAAAGCAUUUUUGGUUUUCUGUUUGAGAAGCACCCCUUAAUUAUAUCCGGAAUAAAAGAACGGGGUAAAGAAAUUGCAUCAUGCUGAUCAUGCAUGAAUGAUCAUAUCGUAAACGAUAGAAACAAGAGAUUUUUAGAUAUUUAAGAGAUAUUUUUAGUGAUUAUUACAUUUUCAAUUUUUAUAUAGUUUAUUGUGCUCGAUACUGGAUUUUUUCUUCUUUUUUUAUUAAAUAAAAAUGUGCUACUGCCCCUUACGGGACAUUAAUUACACAGGUGUUAAGUUUAAGCUUAGAGCUAAUCUAC